AUGGAUCAACAAAAUAUUUUAGUUUUUGGAUGCCUAACUUUGGCAGUCGCUAUUAGUGCAUUUAUAUUAUGGGGGCCUUCUCCUCGACCUAAAAAGAAAAAAGGACAUAUAUUAGGACUUGUUAAUUUGGGUUCUACGUGUUUUUUAAAUACAUUAUUACAAGCAUUGGCUUCGUGUGCAGUUUUUUUGGAAUGGCUUAGUCAACAAAAGCACGAAGAAAAUUCUCUGACAACUUCUUUAUACCAUGCACUAUGGGUGCUAAACGGAGGAGGAACAGAUGAUGUUUUUGCUCCUGUUGAGGUUCUUAGAGCUUUAAAAAGGCAUGGUUGGAUGGUUUCUUCUGGAGAACAAGAUGCUCAUGAAUUAUUUAAUGUAAUAGUUUCUACUUUGCAAGAAGAAAGUAAUAAAGCCUUUAAGGUUGGUUCUUUGUCAGAUGCUUUAUGUUCAUCUGAAACGCUUUCGCAAGCAUCUGAAAUAUUAGAAGAUUCAGAAGGAGUGGAAAAUAAUGUUUUAAAAGAAAUUGUACCUGAAAAAAAUUUUUCUACAAAAGAUAAAGAUAAUGUAAAAAAAUUAAAUUUAGGUGAGGGAGAUGAUGGUCAUUCUUUGGGAUUGACUUGUGAAAACAGUAGCAGUGAUACAUUUACAAAUUAUGAGGAUGCAUUAGAUAAAUUAAAUCAUGGUGAUAGUGUUUCACAGUCGAGUACAGUAGUUUUUUACUAUAUGGAUGAAGAUUCUGAUGCAAGUAAUGUGAAUUGUAGUGGAGAUUUAGAUGACUCUCCAAAUAAACUUUAUAAAAAAAAUAAAGAAAGUGAUGUAAGCUCAAAAACAAAUUUUACUAAAAGUUAUAUUCAAAAAUUUAAAGCUUCACAAGAAAGUUUUAAGGAAAAGUCACCUGAAUUUUCUGGUUAUUAUGACAGAAUUAGUGGAUGUUCUCCUUGUAAUCUUCCUCAAGCUGAUUAUCCUCCGUUCCAAGGAUUAUUGACAAGUACUCUUCAAUGUUCAGAAUGUGGACAUCAUUCUUCUCUAAGAUAUGACACUUUUGACAGUGUUUCCCUUCCACUUGGUGAUAAUUUUCCUUUUCCGGUACAAAAAUUGCAAGAUUUACUGCAAAAAUUUGUUAAAACCGAAGUUAUUUCUGAUGUAGAUUGUGAAAAGUGUUGUAAAAAAACAACAGCUUUUAAAACGUUAAAUUUUGGAAAGCUGCCCUAUUGUUUAUGCUUGAGAAUUGCAAGAACUGCUUGGCAUUCCUAUUCUAGCACACCAACAAAAAGAGAAGAUUAUGUUGACUUUCCUGAAUAUUUGCCAAUGGACGAUUACACAGUUUUUUCCCGUUUGAAAAAAGGAAAUUCUAUGACGUCUAUACAGACGGAUAAGUCAAAUAACGUGUUUGGAAAAGAAAGAACGUACAAGCAUUUAUACAGAUUAAAAAGUGUCGUUGUGCACUUGGGUGGAGUUAAUUCUGGUCAUUUUCUCACAUACAGAAGAGGAGCUUUAAAUACUUCAAAAAGGCAUAGGGUAGGAAAACUGGCUGGGGCAUGCAUGGACAGUCAAAGAUGGUAUUUGACAUCGGAUGACAAUGUCAAAAUGUCAACGUUGUACGAAGCCAUGGAUUCAAUUGCAUACAUGCUUUUUUACGAAAAAUGUUUUCCGGAAAACGGAUCUGGAAAUGACACGCCGCAAAAAAACGUUUAUUUAUUUGAUAAUAGUCUGAGUAGUACGUAG